AACACCGUACAAAUCAAAAUGGAGGAAACAUCUGUCAAAUGUCAACUUAUUUUGCAGAGGAAAAAGUGAUUUAUAAAGAUAGACAUGGGAAAUUCGAAAUCCACCAAGGUGGAGCAUGUCUCCCUUCACAUGCCUCAAAAGGAAAGAGAGCUUCACCUGGCUGUAAUGGCUAAUGACCGUGAGGGAGUGAGAGCUCUCAUAAGUGCAGGUGCUGAUGUGAACUACCCCUGGAGUAACCCGGCUGUACCCAGUGUGAAGGACAGCACCACACCAUUGCUGGCAGCUGUGUCAUUGAAUCAUGUCGAGAUUUCCAUGAUCCUGCUCAAGGCCGGAGCCGCCAUAAACCUGGCGGACAGGAACGGUUGCACUCCACUCUACAAGGCUGCGUACCAUGGGAGACCUGUACUGGUGGACAUUCUUACACAGGCUGGUGCAGAUUUAAACAAAGCUGACAAGGACGGACAGACACCCCUGUAUAUCUGUGUGCAGAACGCAGUCAUCCAUUCCAGUUAUGCCACAGUGGAGAUGCUCCUAGCUUCCAAUGCCAAUGUUGACCAGAGUGACAGAAAUGGCAAAGCUCCAAUACACGUGGCAGCACACUGGAAAAUUAAGGACAUGAUACGGAUACUGGCCUCGAAAACGACCGUGAACAAAAUAGACUACAUGGGCCGUACACCACUAUAUGUGUGUGUGAGCUCGUUGAGUACGGGACUCUAUAAGGAGGACCUGAAGUACCAAGUCCCCUGCAUUAAACUAUUGUUCCAUGCUGAGUGCGAUAUGCUGAACCUUAUUGAUUGGCUGAAAUGGAAGGGGCCAGGGAUUCCCGCAGAAUUACUGGCCAACGACGAAGAGUUCUUCCAGUGGUACACAAAAAGUUUCAAUUCGCCGCACUCGCUGAAGAACUUGAGUCGUAAGGUGAUCCAGCAGAGGUUGACUGACAACUGGAAGGACAGUUUCCUGAAGAAGAUAACUUAUCUGCCGCUUCCAGCAAAACUGCACGAGUUUGUGUCGCACAAGAUGUUCCUUAUACCCAGCCCCACUGUGUUGCAUAAUGAGAUCUAGUGGCUGGGUGUCAGGUCAUAGUGCACCUACCUUGAGGUGAUUUUUAUGCAUACUAUUGUACCUGUGCUUGGUUUUCUAUUGCAAGCUUUGUGUUGGCAUUAUAUUAAAGAGCGUAGUGAAGGGUGAGAACAGAGUGUCUGAUGAAAAAUAUUGUAAUAUUAUCAAAGAUAGCAGUUGUAAGCUUAAUUAUUAAUAUUUUUGGACAGUAUACAUAAAAUUAUUGGGUGAUCAUUAACAAGGCCUCACUUCUAUCACUGAAAAUAAAUGCUUCAAAAUUUUGCUGUCCGGAAGAUUUGAAUAGCUUAGUGCUUAGCCUGAUGAGUUUUGUGUUUUAAUUGAAUCUGAAUCAAGAUUUGUGUUUUCUAUUUCAUUGAUAGAUUUAAGGAUAAAUAAUUGAUUUCCAAUCACAAAAUAAUACAGUUAUGCAGUCACAAACAUGCUAGGAAAGUUAAAUGUUAUGUGAAUUAGUCUGGGGCAAGUGUUGAUUUAAAAGGGUUUUAGCCCCCAGUGCUAUGGCAAAGACCAUUCCCAGACGGUGAUCCCAAUUUUUUCAUGUUUGCGUGCUUGUUAAGACCCUUUUUUCUUACAUUUGUUGGUUCUCACUGUUUGGUAACUUGCAAUAAAUAAAGGACCGCAUGAAAGUUUCUCACUUGCUGUAGCAGAAGAAGUUUCACAUCAUGUUUAUUUGGCUACAACCAGCUUUGUUUCAAAUAAACAACUUACACCCGUUUUAAGAAUAUUAUUUUAAACGGUUUCCAAAAUAUAAUUAAUUGUUUUGUUUUUUUAAUCUGAAAUGGUAUAGUCACUCUGUGCAUUGGGUACUCUACAAUGGUUUAGUUUAAACUUAUUUAUUUUAGCUCGAUUGCAUUGAAAGCCUAAGCCUUAAAUAAACGCUCUCGAGUCCGAUUCCUAGGCCUUGAACCAGUACUUUGGGUCUUUGGGAGAGAUCUGAAGAACGGAUCGAACCCAUGACCUCCCGGUCGUUACAAUGGUUAAAAUGUACUUGAUCCUUCAGCCAAUCAGGUUAAAGCUUUAUCGAGCCUUACAGGGCUCAUAAUUGAUAUGUCGCCUGUUAAAUGAUGUCCCUUCAUCACAAGUUUGUUUUAUUUGAUUUUUGAUUUUAUUUUGAUAUUGUUUGAUAGUUUAUAAUGCUAGAACCUCAGCUUAGUGGAUGUGCUUUGUUUGCUUCAACUGAAGAAUAUACAUGUAUAGGUAUAAUAACUAUUAAUCAGUUGAUUAAUGAGCUAUUUCUCUUUCAUCCCCAUACUGGUGUGAAAGGACUGGUAAUUAAAUAUUCCCUUUUUAAAACUAGUAUAUUAUACAGGUAGUCUAUUAUUUUAAAAGAAAGAAAAUUCUUUUAAGUUAAUUUCUUGUUUCCUCUAAAGAUAGAACAUAUUUUAUAUUUUGUGAAAUAAAGUCCCUAAAUGUAAGACUAAUGGAUACAUAUUUGAUUAAUAAAACUGAUAUAAAUAGCAUUUGCAUAUGUGCUUAACAUGCUUCAAUAGUUAAAAAAAAUUGGUUGAUACAAUUCUGUUUGUAAUUGAGAUGUAGUUUUUAUGUUUUGCGGUCCUUUAUUGAGUAAAUCAAUAAAUGUAUGCAUACAGUUUUCAUGGCAUUGUUUACCAUUUUUAUUCUAAUUAAUUUUAGCAAUUAUUAAAGGAGGUAUUUGUGUAUUAAGUCUUCAGGUAAUUUUAGGUUGAAAGUCACUCUGAAACUUUACAAUUAUAAAAGGGUUACAACGGAUUUCAAUAAACCCAGAUUCCUGCAAUUUGAAACAAGCAUAUUCAAAUUGAUGUUAUUUUGACUGUAGAACAUUUUCUGCUUUGCAUCAUUUUGAUGCAACAUCAAUCACACUCAUUAAUAGUGCCAUUGUUAUGACUCAAUGAUGCUGCUAAGUAAUAUCAGCCCUGUGUAUUUUAAAGGUUAUAUUAUACUAUAUUUGUGUCAGACCAUUUAAAUUGAAACUCAUUGAAUGUUUUAAUGUUAAAACAUUCAUGCAAUAAAGCUUGGUUAUUGAAAUAGAAUCAAAUUUUAGAUCAGGGAUCUUUUGACUCCUGAUUGUUUUUUAUCUUCUGAUAUCCUUGGGUAACCAAUAAUUUGAAGGGACUUGUUCACAGUUUGGUUUAAUGAUGAUUUUCAAAAUUAUUGUCAUAGGUUUAAAAAGAAAAAUGUAUGCAUUAUGUUUAAACAAGCGAAAUAACAUUCCUGCCUAAGAAAAGUCCUUAAAAUAUUUGUUAAUUGAAGGAUAAUUAUCAUUCAAAAUUGGUAAAAUAAUAAAACAUUUGUAACGCAUAAAACUUUGUAACGCUUUUUCUUGAUAAUUUCAAAAUUACGCAAAGUUUUUAUAUAAAAUGUAGUGGUUAUCUUUCGCACAGUGGUAAUGCAUCACUUUUGCUUACAGAAGUCCCGGGUUCAAUUGUCGGGAAAGGCAAUAUUUUUUUAUUCAACUGUU